AUCACUCAUUCAUUGCCAAAAUUCUAGCAGUCUUUUUUUGUCUGAACUGCCGCCAUUGUGAGUACAUUGUCGUCAUUGUUCGUGUUUUCUGAUGCGCCAAUCUUGAAGACUACAGAAUCGUUUUACUAAAUUCCGUCAAAUAAAAUGGAUGAUGAAUGGGAUGACAAUUGUGAAGUGGUGAUGCCACCUCCAGUUACAAACAAUUUCAAGUCCUAUGAAGAUUCCUCUGUGGAUGCCGGCCAUAGUUUGUCCCGAGGCAGAGGUUUCCAGUCAUUUGAAGACAAUGGUUUCGAUAAGGAUGUAAGUAACGACUUUGGCGAGAGACGGGGCAGAGGCGGGCGAGGCGGGGGACGCGGUCGCGGAGGACGGGGCGGCCGCGGGGGCAGUCGGCCCGACUAUGAAACCAAUGGUGACAGUUACGAUGACAACGAUAGGGGUGAUAGAGGCGACAGGGGCGAAAGGGGCCGGGGUAGAGGUCGCGGUGGCCGCGGGGGCGGCCGCGGUGGCGGCGGUGAUAGGGGAGACAGGGGUGACAACCCUGAAGAGGAAGUCGGCGAGGACGGAGAACCAAAGAAACCCCCAGUCACAUACGUGCCCCCGGAACCGACCACAGAUGAGACCGAGAUCUUCAGUAGCAGUAUUAGUUCUGGCAUCAACUUUGACAAAUUUGACUGCAUCGCUGUUAAAGUCAGCGGAGAGAAUCCCCCACGGCCUAUAGACAGUUUCGAGAGCGCAAAUCUUCGGAAGUAUGUCCUCGACAAUAUAUUGAAGUCGGGCUACAGGAAACCCACACCUAUUCAGAAACACGCCAUACCCAUCAUCAUGAAUGGCAGAGAUCUGAUGGGCUGUGCACAGACUGGUUCUGGUAAAACGGCCGCCUUCUUGCUUCCCAUAAUAAACACGCUCUUACAAGACGUUCGAGAGCUUGUAGUCGGGUCUAAUGGAUGCGCAGAACCACAGGUUGUAAUAGUAUCGCCGACGCGUGAAUUGACGCUCCAGAUAUUUAAUGAGGCAAGGAAGUUUGCUUACGGGUCCAUAUUGAAGAUAGCAGUUGCAUACGGCGGAACUGCUGUACGCCAUCAAGGUGACAAUAUUGCUCGUGGCUGCCACAUACUAGUUGCGACCCCAGGCCGUCUCCACGACUUCGUUGACCGCAGCCGCGUCUCCUUCGAAAGCGUACGAUUCGUGGUGCUCGACGAAGCUGACCGAAUGCUGGACAUGGGCUUCAUGCCUGCAGUGGAGAAGAUGAUGGAGCACCCCACUAUGGUGAAGCCGGCGGAUCGGCAAACCCUCAUGUUCUCUGCCACAUUCCCCGAAGACAUCCAGCAUUUGGCCGGGCGUUUCCUCAACAAUUACUUAUUCGUUGCGGUCGGCAUCGUGGGCGGCGCCAGCGCAGACGUGGAGCAAAUAUUCCACGAAGUCACCAAAUACGAGAAACAGAAGACGUUGAAGCAACUGAUCGAGGAAAAUGACGGAAAACGUAUCCUAGUAUUCGUAGAGACGAAACGCAACGCCGACUUCAUAGCGGCAAUGCUUUCCGAACAACAGAAACUCACGUCGUCCAUCCAUGGGGACAGAAUGCAGCGUGAGAGAGAGGAAGCUCUGCACAACUUCAAGAGCGGCGGUCAUCUCAUACUGGUCGCCACUGCUGUCGCCGCUAGAGGACUGGAUAUUAAGAAUGUGGACAUCGUAGUCAACUAUGAUCUCCCCAAGAGUAUAGACGAGUACGUGCACAGAAUCGGCAGGACCGGUCGCGUCGGAAACAGGGGAAAGGCCGUGUCAUUCUUUGAUUCAGAUCAGGACGGCGCCCUAAGCGGUGAUUUGGCGAAGAUCCUGCGGCAGGCGGAGCAGCCAGUGCCAGACUUCUUGCAGGGCGGAGGUGUUUCCACCUACAAGGGCAACAAGUACGGGGGUAGCGACGUGCGGAAUUUCAAUAAUGCUACUUCCGGCGCAGACCAAGGCCAAGAACCAGACGAGGAAUGGUAGAAAUAAGGACAUUGUAAAAUCAGUGUUUGAACCUUUGAUUUGUGCAACACAUGGUGCGUGUAUAUAUCAUCGGUGCUUAUGACGUGACAUGAACCCCAGUGAUUAUUUCCUAUGUUCACACCAUAGAUAUAGAUAGUGAAAUGAGUUUUCCAUGUGGCAGAUAUGUGUGAGAGAGACAAAGCGGCCAUAGUUCUUAUAGAUAUUGGCUGCACCAUCGCUCUCUUCUUUUUUACCCACCUGCUGGACACAAGCAACGCGACGCGCAGAGAGUAUUUUGUUUUUCUUUAAUGUCCAAUUUCUUGCAAGUGUCACUCGAGUCCAUUCUCUUAUGUCUAUGGUUCACCCUAACACGAUUUAUAAUAACACAUUUCAUGACUAACUUACACAAUAUUGACUUCAACUACCAUCAAUUUCACCACAACAAGACUGCAACAUCUUAAGUUGAUUAAUUAGUAUUUUAGAUUUAAGAAAUAUUUUUAAGAAAUUUGUUACCGGUACCUUUGUGUGUAUUGCAUAAGACCCUUUGGUUUGUCAUUCAUCAUUGUUGUACUUACAUUUGUCUAGGAUUAUAAGUCAUUUUGAUUAUUUUUUACCCAUUAAGAACUAUUGAGUUUAAUUUUUAGUUUUUUCGUUGAUUAUCGUUUUUUUCCCAGGGUGUUAAACUUAAAAUCGACAUUUUAAGAUUAGGCAUUUGUGAAUGUAGGCCUUUUAAUACAUAACGCAAACUGUGAUGUGUAAAUGUUAAAGUUGCUCAGUUUAAAUUUUAAAAUAGUUUCGUUAUUCAUAGGUUUAUCAUGCUAUCUUGUAAGUGGAGAAAAUCUUAAUAUUUUCGUGAACCCCUUCUUCGCUUAUUGAAUCUCAAUUAUUGUACAAAGAUACAAGACCUCAUCUAAUAAAAAUGUGAACCACAUAUUUUAAGAAAUCUUACUAAGGCAGCUCUGCCUGCAAAUCCACUUCCUGUACAAAACGAAAUAUGUUUUAUAUUAUAAUCUGUGAUGAUUAUUAUAAGUAGAGAUAGAGAUAUACGUCGUCCUAUGCCAUAGAUAUUGUUUAGUUCAAAAGUUCUAGUAUGUAAUUGCCUCAAGAGCAAUAAAAAUAUGUUACAAAUUCGGUUCAUUUGGCCAAAUGAUUGUACAACAAUCCAAAUGUCAAACUGCAAUGGUUUGAUUAUACCUUUUUGUUGUUAAUGUUUACUUUAAUAAAAAACAAGAGAAAUAAGUAAAA